CUGGUAGUAAGCAUCAACGUUAGGCUGUUUCACAAUCGAUGAGACAGAUAACCCAUCUACGGGCGAUCGAAAUGCCCCGUCGAAUCGCUUGUUGAAGUUGUUAGGGCGCUAAAAAUGAUCGUGAUCAGCCCAUAGAACUUUGUUGUAAACUGUGGGUUCUUACUCAGAAUCCUGACAACUAAGACGACGUACUAAAACUUCAAAGUUCCAUACUGCUGUCUGGGUAGCUCAGGAAUUCUUUACAUACGGCAGUGAUGGCUCAGAAAAGAUUGCUAUUGCAAAGCCUUGUGCCUGCAAUCAAGACAGAUGAGCUUGACAGAAUGCGUACUAUGGCACCUGAGCGCUUCGUAGAGCUCUGUCUAAUGCACUUGACGUUUGCACUUGAACUCGGAAGCUCAGAGCUAAACCAGAUACUCUCUACCUGCAAUGGAGCUGAAAGAGCAAAAAAGAUGGUGAAGCCUAUGACACCAUUUUCAAAGAGAAGAAAUUCCCGGCGUACUUCUCUAAAAGGUGGAAUUUUUGGAGCAACACUCACACAGGAAGGAAUCUCCCAGGUUUUUCAGCUCAUACAGUACCUGGGUAGAAACCAAAAUAUCAAACAAGUUGGUCUAUUCCGGAAGAGCGGUCAGAUGUCAAGGCAAAAAGAGUUGACAACUUUGCUUGACCAAGGCGUUGCAAUAGAUCUGGACAGCGGGCGAUUCAGUGCUCACGACUGUGCUUGUGUGCUGAAGAGGUUCCUUGGAGAGCUGCCAGAACCUUUGCUCACUGAGAACCAUUACCUUGCCCAUUGCCAAAUAUCUAAAUUGAUGAAUGAAGAAUCAGCGCAUGAUGCAAAAGUUCUAGCCAGACAGGUCAAGGCUGUACAGCUUCUUUUCCUGUUACUGCCACCAGAAACCUAUAGAUUGCUGAGAGAUUUGCUAAAUUUACUACAUAGAGUGACGGAGGUUCAAGAAGAUAAUCGUAUGAAUGCAGACAAUCUUGGAACUAUGUUUGCUCCUCACAUUCUUUGCCCUCGCAAAAUGACAGCUACAGAACUGCACAAGAAUGCGAUCAAUAUGACAAAGGCUGUAGCGUUCAUGAUUAAACAUGCACCUGAUCUUUUCACUGCACCAGUGGAACUUACAAUGGAUGUCCGUGCUUACUGGGCACAGCAAGACGAAUACAGGCAGCUUGAAAAUAAAUCAUCUGGCACCCCUAAUGUUGAGCCUUGUCGAAAGUACAUGUUUAAUAAACAGAAUGCGUUUGGAACACGUACACCUGACCCAUAUUCCUCUCGCAAGCAUUCCAGGAGUAAGUCUGUAGGCGAACAUGUGAGGAACAUGUUGUUUCGUCAACAUAAACGACAGAAGUCUUCGGGUGCCUCAGAAGAAGAGGGCUUAGAUAUAAUACAGCAGCAGGAGAACCUGAUCAAUGAGAGAAACAGCAUCUAUACCAGAAGUAUGCGCCAUACCUAUGAAAUGCAAGCCAAGAACGCUAUCACUUCACGACAGCCAACAGCCAAGGCCACAGUCAUCAGUGUCCGUGAGGCAAAAAGCCCGGUCAUCAACUUUGUUGAAGUCGCAACAGGAGCCAGAGAGCCCAUGAAGCCACUGAUGCAAGCCCACAGGCGCAGUAGAACUGGUGGAAGUGGAACUACAAGUACAUCGAGUGUAGGACGAUGUCCCGACCAGUGCAAGUGCCACCGCGUGCUGCAGCGACGCUGUCCGAGCGAGGAGGCCCUGACCAAAGGUCAGUGCGUCUCAGCGAGGUCACUGCUGCAGAGCGAGCAGCACGCGUCGGCCGGCAAUCUGCGGCAGAGCUCGGCGACGUCGCUCGGAGCGAGCCGGGAGCGUCUGCUGCGCGCGACGGCGCACAAUGCCAGCUACAGGCUGCGCAACCGACGCAGCCUGUCCAGCCUCAAACUGCAGGCCGGCGUCGCGCGGAAAUCCGAUUCCGCUAUCACUGCCCGAGAGAAGAUGGCGCUGCGGUCGUCCGUCGUGAGACCAAUAGGAACACGGUUAGCGUACCACGAGAAGCAUAUGGAAUCACCUAUAACCCAAUCAAUGGCAGUUGCACCGAAAGCAAUGCAGAUUCUCGGGAUAGAGACACCUGGCCUGAAUCUUCUUUAAGGUGUAGGCGAGUUGACACACUGCAUGCACCCUCAAGACAUGCUUAUUGCAGUUUAAAGCAAUAAAAGUAUGGUGACGCAAGUACUGCUGAGAGGGUCUAUGUCCCCCAGGGUACUGCCGGAACGUACCCUGGUACUAUCUAAUAUGCCGGACCGU